UAUAUACAUCUAUGUGUGUGUGUGUGUGUGUGUGUGUAUUACUUAAGAGAGAGAGAAAGAAGAUGGCUUGAUUCUGAUACUCUCUUUAAUCUAUAUACUAGUAGGGAUGAAUGCCUGUGUCUGUCUAUAUAUAAUGACCAGGGGAAGCUCCAAUUAAAAAAUAAGUGAUACACAGAAAAAAAAAUUAAACCUGCUUAGGAUUAUAGGGGAGGUGGAUCAUUCCCAUAUAACCCACAGACCACAAUUGCUCAGACAGGUGCUGUGAACAUGAACUUGAGCUUUGGAGCAGGGGUCUUGGGUAGGAGGGGAAACUUAAAAUAAUUUGAGAAAUAAUGGCAUAAAAGGAUAAGGCCAGAUCAGGGCUAUAUGGGCUGUAUAAUAGAAAAGGGAAAAAUGCUAGGAAAAAACAAAGUUCUUCACACUUGAAUAUCAGGUAGAUGGACAGAGAUGAAUGGAUGACUUAGAAAGUUCCAGAUAACCAUGCACUUAAUACCUAAUGAUCUUCUGAGGUGUCUUAAAAUUCUCUGUAUGCUCCAUUUUAUUUUUUUCAGAAUAACUCCGUCCUUGGGAAUUAUUCUCAGUGGUGUUCUGUGCAUUCUCUGAGGGCCAAGCAAAGGAGUGGACAGCUGUGUGGCCUGGGAGAUGAGAGGGGCAUGGCACGAAUUCUACUGGAAUGCAGUCUUAGUGACAAGCUGUGUGUUGUCCGGGAGCAGCAAUAUGAGAUCAUCAUCAUCCCAACCAUUCUAGUUGGCACCUUCCUUAUCCUUCUUGUGGUCAUCCUGAGGCUUUUUAUCAGAGGACAAAGAGCUCAACAACAGUCUCCUGGACUCCGAGGCAUCGCCCCUGUGCCUCCAUCUAGGGGCCUAAGCUGGCAGGUGUCAGGGCACGGAGGAUGUGUGUCUGUUCCACUUAAGGAGACAUCGGUGGAAAGCCUCCUACGAACUUCCACUCAAGCUCUGGCUGAGCUGCAAGUGCCCCGGGAGCAACUCUCUGAGGUUCUGGAGCAGAUCCACAGUGGUCGUUGCGGAGCCAUCUAUCGAACCAAGAUGUACACGGGGGACCCUGCUAAGCCGAAGACUGUUGUCCUCAAGGCUUUGAAAGAACCGGCUGGGCUUCAUGAGGUGCAGGAUUUCUUAGGGCGAAUCCAAUUCUAUCAGUACCUGGGGAAGCACAAGAACCUGGUACAGCUGGAAGGCUGCUGCACAGAAGAGCUGCCACUCUUUAUGGUACUGGAGGAUGUGGCCCAAGGGGACCUGCUCAGCUUUCUCUGGACCUGUCGGCGGGAUGUGAUGACCAUGGAUCGCCUUCUCUAUGAUCUCACAGAAAAGCAAGUCUAUCACAUCGGGAGGCAGGUCCUCCUGGCUUUGGAAUUUCUCCAGGAUAAGCAUCUGUUCCAUGGGGACGUGGCAGCUAGGAAUAUCCUGGUCCAAAGUGAUCUUACUGCUAAGCUCUGUGGACUGGGCCUGGCUUAUGAAGUCCAUGCUCAAGGGGCCAUCCCGGCUACUUACACCGUACCUCUCAAGUGGCUCGCCCCAGAACGGCUUCUGCUGAGACCAGCUGGCAUCAGUGGAGAUGUCUGGUCCUUUGGGAUCCUGCUUUAUGAGAUGGUGACUCUAGGGGCACCACCAUAUCCUGAAGUCCCUCCUACCAGCAUCCUACAAUAUCUCCAAAGAAGGAAAAUCAUGAAGAGACCCAGUAGUUGCACGCAUACCAUGUACGGUCUUAUGAAGUCCUGCUGGCGCUGGAGUGAGGAGAGCCGCCCCUCCCUUAAAGAGCUACACUCACGCCUAGAAAUCGCCGCUCGAACGGCAGAUGACAAAGCUGUGUUGCAAGUACCCGAGCUGGUGGUGCCUGAACUGUACGCAGACGUGGCAGGUGUCAGCGUGGACAGCCUCUCCUACAGCUACAGCAUCCUUUGAAGAUCUUGGGGACAGAAACAAUUAUGAGUGAUCAUAUACUACUGCAAUGAAUUCCUUUGAGAACAGAGAAUAGCUUUCUAGGGGGACAUAAGGGAGAAAUAGGAUAUUCUGCUACACAUUUCCCAGGAUACCCCAAAUGAUGCUAGACGAGGCUCUAUGAUCCGUAUGCCCUGGAGGCUGAGAAGUACAGUUUCAUUUCUGCUGUCUUAAUCCUGAAGACCCACCGUAGAUGUGGUAGAUGGUACCACUGCAAAGAAAGCCUUAGAAAUCUACAGUGUUUGUCUGGCACUGCACAUAUAGGCUGGUCCUCCCAGCACAGGCUGGUUUCCUCUUGAAGCACGCUUUUAUCUAGAUUAUUAUAGGGUCCAGAAAGGUUGGAAUCAACUGAGGGAAUAGAGAGCUGAUAAAGAAGUUGAUGAGAAAGAAAAUCAAAGGUUCUAUUUGCUAAGGAGUAUAGACAUGGACCAAGGUCAUCCUUUAAAGAGAAAGUGGAGGAAGGAGAUAACGUUCUUCAGUCCUGGACCAUUCAUGCAGGACUGGAGGAGGACCAUGAAGGAAAACUUCUGAGUUUCCUUUUGGGUAUAGAUAAGAGCUAGAUGAUCUCUUUUUAUCUAACUAUCAGACAGGUGAACUCUGCUGGUACUACUUUUAACUAGAAGCUGGAGGGGUCCUUUCAUGAUUAAGAACAUUCGAUAGCUAUUGUUCAUCAGACUAGGUUCCUGAACCCCAUAAAACUGGGGAGACUGAGCCUAGUGAGUCCAUUAGGCUGUGAUGAAUAUAUAGUUGACCCUUGAACAACAUAGGUUUGAACUAUGUGGGUCCACUUAUACAUGGAUUUUUUUUCUUGAUAAAUGCAGUGCAGGUCUGUAAAUGUAUUUUCUCUUCCUUAUGAUUUUUUUUCUAGCUUACACUAUGGUAAGAAUAUAGAAUGUAAUACAUAGAACAUACAAAAUAUGUGUUGACUGUUUAUGUUUUUGGUAAGGCUCUGGUCAACAGUGGCUAUUACUAGUUAAGUUUUGGGGCAGUCAAAAGUCAGACAUAGAGUUUUGACUGUGCAGGGGUCAGCACACUUAAUCCCUACGUUGUUCAAGGGUCACCUGUAUGAUGUGUGCAUUUAAAAGUAGGAAAUGUGAAAGCUAAGCAAGAAUGCUUAGUAGUCCAGAAGGUCUUUAAAAGGGUUAAAAAAAGAUGUAAUCUGAGACAGAAGGAUGGUAGUUUCUGAUUCAAUCGUUCAUUGAUGUACUGUGAAACUUAUUCCAUUAAACUAAUAUUUGUUGAGUAAAGUAAGAUUUUCUAGUAUACAUCUGCCAAAAUCUCUACAAUAGGGAGGAUAAAAGUAAAUCAAUGGAAGUAUACCAACAAAAUUUCAAGAGACCAUCUACAUUGUCAGAAAAUUGAUUCCUCAUGGGGAUAAUACCUACCUCACAGGGUUUUUGUGAGGACUGAACAAGAAUAUAUAUUUGUACAGUAUUUGGCUCAUAUGUGCUCAAUAAAUGGUAGUUUCCUUUCUUUUCCUCUUCCUUAAGAAAGAUAAGAAUCUUUCUUACCUUUUUCACUUAAAAUCUACUGUAGCCAGAAAGAGAACCUCAGUCUGUCAGUCACACUAUAAGGUAGGACAUACUGAAGGAUGAUAUGGUACAAGUACCAUAUGACUAAAAUAAUGAGCUCAUCAUUUUUGUAUGAGCUUCUGGAUGAUGACAGUAGCCUCCUACCAUUUAAAAAUACUGAAAAUAUCAUGGUGAUGACAAUGUACUUGAACAUGUGAUCUAUGGUUUUAAAGAACACUCUGGGUGCUCGGGAGGGACACCGAAGGCUGCUGUAGGAAAGAUGACUGGCAGUUGACAAUUUUGUAGAAGUUGGAAUCUUAAUGAGGUCAUGAUUAGUCAUCCAACUGAAUAAUAAUUAUUGCACCUGAAGGAAUACCACAUGACUAGUAAGGACUUAAGUGGGUGUUAAGUUGCAAUAGGGAGAAGGGAGGUAGAGUGGCUUGGCACAAAAUGAUAAAGUCCUAUGGAAUCUCGUUGCUUGCCUCUUCAUUUAAGUCAAAUUUACAAAAUAUUUAUGUAUUAAUUCAAAUAUUUAUUUAAAAAGGACCUCCCUGAAGAAAUGGCAUUUAAACUCAGACCUUAGGGGUAGCUAAAUAAACCUCACAAAGAGUUAGGAGAAGAGCCAUCCCGGAGGGCAGUGGGACUAUAUGUGUGAAAACUCUGGGGCAAGAAAAAAAGCAUAAUUUGUUUGAGGAACUGCAAGUAGGCAAGUGGAUGGGGGCAUAGUGAGGUUAGGAGGAAAGUGGUGCACAGUUAAUCAGCACUGCUCUUUCAUACUGUAUAUUCAUAGUUAUUUUGGUAGGAGGGAAAGCAGACAAUUGCUGUUUAAAAUUUUUAACCUUAAUUUUGUUUUUCUGGAUAUAGGUUUAGAAAAAUGGAUACAGUAAUUGUUUCUUCUAAGAAAACUGGGUCUUUCCCUCACUUGGCCAGGCUUUCUCCAAAAGGGGGAUUAUAUUUUUGGCAUUUUAACUGGUCAGCC